CAGGGGAAUGCGUCCUGUGUGGUUAUUGGCGGUUGCCGUGGUGGUGGUGGGCGUGACCACCGAAGCUGUCUGUCAGUGCUUGGAGCAUCCCAGCUGUCAGGAGGUCACCGCUGAGAACAACAUGCUGGAGUGUAUCCAGCUCUGUUGCUCCGACCUUCCCGCUGAGACACCUGCCUUCCUGAGCGAUGCCCACCUGCGACCUCUUCCUCAAUCAGGCGCCAGGUCUCUUGCUCCCUCCUCUCUACCUUCCUCCUCCUCCUCUCCUCAGGCCAAGAGCUCCUACUCCAUGGAGCAUUUCCGCUGGGGGAAGCCUAUUGGGCGAAAGCGCCGCCCGGUCACCUCCAACGGCGUGGAGGAGGACUCGGCCGAGGUUUUCCCCAGGGAGAUGAGGAGACGAGAGCUUGCCAGCAAGAUGAAAGCGACAGAGGACGAGGGGAAGGUGCCGGAGGUGGCAGAGGAGGAGCAGGAGCAGCCCCCGGCUGACGUCUACGAAAAGAAAGACGGCACGUACAAGAUGAAGCACUUCCGCUGGAGCGGCCCGCCGGACAGGAAACGCCACAGCGGCUUCGUGAAGAGCAGGGACGAGCGCAGCCGGAGGCCGCUGCUCACGCUCCUCAGAAACAUCGUCAACAAAGAUGGACGGGAGCAGAAGUGA